AUGCCUGUAGGGAAGUCUACUGUCUGGUACAUGGCAUUCAGCCUAAUGGACAGAUGUCCAGUGACAAGACCACUGAUGGAGAAGGCUUCUUCACCACCUUCUCCUGAGAGGAAACGGCCCAGAUGGACAGCUCUCUUCCAUCCAGAGCAGCUUAUUACUGUGAAAGAGGAUGCUGCUAACAUCUAUGCUUGUGGUCUCUGUACUACUGGCAAGAAGCUCAUUGGCCCAGUUCUGGACCUGAACAAGCUGUCUGACCAGUGCGCAGGCCUUCAAGGCUUCCUGAUGUUCUAUAGCUUUGGAGGGGGCACUUCCUUUGGUUUCAUCCCACUCCUCAUUGAACGGCUCUCUGUUGAUUAUGGCAAGAAGUCCAAUAUGGAGUUCUCCAUCUACCCAGCCCCUCAAGUGUCCACAGCCAUAGUGGAGGCCUACAACUCCAUUCUGAUCACCCACACCACCCUGGAGCUCUGUGGUUGUGCUUUCAGUGACAAUGAGGAAAUCUAUGGCAUCUGUUACCACAAUGUGAACAUUGAGUGUCCAACCUACACAAAGCUCAACCCAGCCAAAUCGUCUGUCUCCUCCAUCACUGCUUCCCAGCACUUUGAUGGAGCCCUGAAUGUAGUUCUGACAGAGUUCCAGACCAGCCUAGUGCUCUAUCUUGUAUCUGCUUCCACCUGGCCACCUAUGCACCAGUCAUUUCUGCAGUGAAGGUUUACCGUGAGCAGUUGUAGGUGGCAGGGAUCACUAAUGCCUGCUUUGAGCCAGCCAACCAGAUGGUGA